AUGGUCGUGUUAGCCCGCACUGGGUUUGGUUCUAAUCAUAUUUCUAAGAAAAAGGAUACACUAAAUAAAAAUUUAGAUUUGCCACCGCAGCUGCGUUAUGAAACCUCUUUUCGGAACUUGUGUGUUUUCAAAGAUGUGAACGGAAUUAUCAGAGUUAAAACUCGAAUUACUGAACGCAUAGAUAAGCCUUUCUUCAUUUCACCUAUUCUUCCUGAUAAAUGUAUCUUUACUCCAAGACUGAUUGAAUAUUUUCACCGAGAAAACUGUCAUGCUGGAACCCAGAUAUUACUAAGCAUAUAUUGCGUGAAAAGUACUGGAUUACAAGAGGAAGAAGAAGUGGAAAAUGCAGCAGCUUUCGAAGUAGUUGGUAUUGACUUGGCUGGUGGUCCCCUAUUUGUAAAACGUGGGGACAAAGUAUGGAUGGUUCUCUACACGUGUGCUCUUUAUAGAGAGCAAUUCGUUUAUUUAGAGUUAAUAACAUCGCUUUCCACUGAUGCUUUUCUGUUAUCAUUUAGACGUUUUGUUGCUAGAAGAGGAAGACCUAGAGUGGUUUAUACAGACAACGGUACAAACUUUAGGGGAGCUUAUAAUAAUUUUUUAGAAAUUGAUUGGAGUAAAAUAACUCGACAAACAGAAAUACAGAAGAUCGAAUGGAAAUUCAUCCCCCCCACUGCUGCCUGGUGGGGCGGAUGGUGGGAAAGACUUGUUCGAGUAGUCAAAGAACUCCUUAGGAGAACAUUGGGCAGAGCUGUUCUUACCUAUGAAGAACUGGAAACAGUUAUGUGCGAAUGUGAAAGGGAGUGGAUGAUCUCGUUAGUACUUUUUGUUGAUGUGGGAAAACAUCAAGAAGCUGCAUUUGUGCAUUCUUCCAAGAAGGGAUUUCAAAGUGAUUUACAGGUUGAAAAUUCAGGCCAGGAUCCGGCAAAGCAGCCACAAUCUCAAGACAUAGCACAACGACAACCGCCAGAGUCAGCUACGAGUAAAGACAUAGGCAAGAAAAGAAAAGCCCCCCCGAUGGAAAACCGAAGGUAUCGAGAAAAGGAAGCUAUUUCCCCGACCAGAAAAGAGAGGGCAAGACCGGCUCCUCAUCCUGUUAGAACAGGUUGA